UUAAUUAUCAAAAGAGGAAUACUUGUUACUUACUAAAAACUUUUUGAUGAUAAGAGAGACUUCUAAUUUCUUUAUGACACCAAAUUUUCCUCCCAAAUCAGAACACCAUGUUGUUUUAAUUAUUUAAUUUCCAUAUGGUAUAACCAGUCUUUCAAAGUUGGUCACACUAGUACAGUUAAAUUAACUCGGAAGGAAAGUUGCAUUAACGUAAUUUUCCAUGUAACUCAACGUUUAGUUGUUGAUGUCCAAAUAUUACCCUAAUUUUCAAAUCAUUUCAAAUUUCACAUUUUUUAUGUUUCCAAUCUAUAUCUCACUAGAAUUGUUCUUUUUUCUUAUUGGAGCGCCGUUAUUUUUGUAAUGGUGAGUGCAGACAAAUGAUGAGUUGUGUGACAUGACAGCAGUGAUAGAGAAAGAAGGGACCCAAAUUCACAUUCACAGAGAGAAAAACGGAUAUUUGAUGCAUUUUCUUCCUUUGUCAGCUCUAACCAAAAGAGGGUGUUGUGUGUGUAGUUUGUUACAUAAUUGGAAUGGAGAAAGCACUAACUACAGUAGUGAGCUUGAAAUCAAGUACAUUCUGGGUUUCUAAGAAAGCCAAACAAGAGAUCUCCAACAUCUCUAAUGAUCUAUCCAAUCUGUCGAGCACUGUUGAAGAAAAGGCAAAAUGGAUUUUCAACAAGCUAAAAGGCAAACCUACAAAAUCUUUGCCUGAUCUCCUGCGAGAAUACAACCUGCCUCCUGGACUGUUUCCCCAAAACAUAAUAUGCUAUGAAUUCGCUGAGUCAAAUGCAAAGCUCACUGUCUACCUGCCAUCAACCUGUGAGGUCUGCUUCAAGGAUUCAUCUGUUAUGAGAUAUGCUACUCGCGUCAAAGGAACUCUGUCAAGGGGAAAGCUCACUGGAAUAGAUGGAAUGAAGACCAAGGUCUUGGUAUGGGUCAAAGUCACAAGUAUCAACGUUGAGAGCUACAAGUCUGAUAAGGUGUGGUUCAAUGCUGGAGUGAAGAAAUCAAGGUCAAAAGAUGCAUAUGAAAUGCCUCAUGAUGCUGUUAAAGUUGAAUUUUGAGGUUUCGACAAAGAGCAAAAAAGUAAAAAAUUCAAAAGAGGAUGAUGGUCCUUAACCUGCUGCUGUUCUUAUAAUUUAUUUCACUGCUAUAUUCAUUUUAUAGAGAAAGCAAUGUGCAUGUUCAUAUAUCUACUAGACUUUUUAGCACUCUCAUUAAUUGUUUGUGCAUUGUGAUCUUUUGUUUACAUCCAACAUAUUAGAUCAUUAGUUGAUGGGUACUAAGAUUAUUAUUGAACACAAUUGUUAUGGCAUUGGCAUAAUUUGAUCUGGCCUAAAAGUGAAGUGGAAAUGAAAUUUAUAAAUCUUGGUUUACUUGAUAGAGAAA